AUGCCCGAUGCAAAUAGCAAUAGCGAUGCCAGUAAAACAAAGAGCAGCAUUGACGCGUCCCAAGUCCUCGGACAUGUGUCAAUGCUCGAGAAUUACCUUCCCACCCACGCGCUGGACGACUUUGGACACACUACAAACCCUCAAUUGUACAUGACCAGGAUCCCGGAUCCUUCGAAAGAAGGCCAAGAAUUGCCGUUGCAUGUGCUCAUGGCAGUUUCCAAGCGGUGUAUAUCGGCUCAAUUGGUACAAGAAGCUCCAGGUCGAACUGGGACACCCGUCGAGGUGUUGGUGAUUCCAGGAGACGAUCAAAUUACCUGUGCGACUCUAAUGCCCUUGGAACACUUGCAAUUGACGGCCAGGGAUACUGGCCUGAAAAUGAACGAUAGUCGUCCAUUGAAUAGACGAGCUAGCAACAAUAGUGAAGAUGGAGAUUUGUUUUACAGCCAGUUUUAUUCUUCAAGAGACAAGCUAACGCUGAGCGAAAACGACGACGAAAGUGACGGUCAACCAUCGCCAAGUCCGUCCCCUACCAAUGUAGGAACAGAUUCUUCCGUAGUAACAUCCACGUUGAUGAGCGGUGGCAUGUCCCUCAAGGCACCGUCACCACGCUUGGCGAUCGUCGUGGGAACCCGAGAAAACCGAGUCAUUUCCAUUGAAUUCUCUGUCAAGCCACACGCGUUGGUUUUGGAGAGGCGCAAAUUCUUUGUGGGCCCGGAAGAACGAACCUAUUUUGAACCACUACCAACUUCAAGACUGACCAAACUCCAACAACAGCAAACGAAAAAGAAGCCCAAGAAGGCAUCAUCCACCACAACUACCAGGAGACGAAGCUUGACGCACAGCAGUAGCAGCGGUCUGGACAAUACCUCGGAACACAAGGCUGUUGUUCCCUUUGAACCCUCCGGUGGAGUCACGACGCUCGUGGCCUACAAUCUGUGGAGGGAGGGACGGCCUCGUACCCAUGUGUGGAUUUCCUUUGGCGAUGGGACGGCCAUUCGAUUGCACCAUGCUGGCUUUUUUCCGUCCGUGUGGCAAAAGCAUUUGGAAUCUGAUUUGCAGCAACAACAACUAGCGCAAGUCUUGGGGGAACCACUAGUCAAGUGGAAGGCCAUGUUGCCGCCCAUGCCGGACUCGACCGUAACUUACAUUCCACUGCCCAAGUACCAUCCAUCGCCACUGGCACCAUUUCCAGCGUGGAAACGACCGGAAUUUGAUCAUCCAACGGCAGAGGACGAGAAGUUGGACGAAUAUCAAGACGAAGUUUACGAGGCAGCCGUCUAUUGCAGUGGUCAUAUGGCCGACGUAUUUCCUACUUUGGCAUUUUAUACAUCGGAAGAUCAAUUUGAAAGUCGGAUUCACAAUGAUGACAUGCUAGAGGAUGUGCCAGAAGAGGAGGAAUAUGGUAUUGUUGGGAGUGUGAUUGGAGGAAUCUUUGGUAGUGUCUUUGGGUCCUCGACCACCAAGAAGAAACCUACCCCUGAUCCGGCCGAGGACGUAACCCAGGCAGCAGCAGACUACAAGGAACCGUGGGAUCCCAGCGUUCCCUUUCCCGACAUGAAUCUAGAUCCCGUCAAACUCUAUGCUGGGUAUGAAAUUCAUGAUCCUCCUCGGCAAAUCAUUUACUGCACCAUUGAUCCAGAAGGAGAUUUGGCAGCGAUUGCCGACACAUUGGGUCGAGUGUCUCUGGUGGAUCUGGCCACCAAACAAAUCAUUCGAAUGUGGAAGGGCUUUCGUGAUUCUGUUUGUCAUUGGAUUCAGUAUCCUCGCAGUACCUCGGAAACACCUUGGCUCAAAAACAAAGUCCUGUACUUGGUGAUUCAUUCACGGCAACGCAAGGUGAUCGAAGUGUACCGAACACGUCACGGUCCACGAGUCAAGACCAUUCAAGUGGCGCGAGAUGCGCAACUCAUCUGUAGUCGAGAGCUGACCAGUGAAGGAUAUGUCUCGAACUGUUACAUUGUCCAUUCCAAUGUCCCUCAUUCGCCAUUGAACAAGAUCCAAAAGAUUGAAUUUUCCGAAUCCGAACAGACUGGCAACCUUACCUCCAGAUCGCGGUCCUCGUUGCUUCCUCCUGAUUCUCCACAUCACAAAUCCACACAAGAUGCAUCCAGAAAGUUAAAUCACUUGAAGCAACUCUUGGACGAAACCAAUGUAGAAUGUGAAUCUGGAGAUGUCUUUCGAGCAUUGGAGAAAAUUGAUUCGAUUGAGGAUUUGAGUACAAUUUUGGAUAUUGUGGCCAAGGCGCCAACGUUGGGAGGAAGAAUGGGAGUGGAAGGAUCUACCUUUCAAAAGUUGGCCGUAUCAUACUGCGAACAAAAGCUGGACGAAGCCAUUAGUGCUGGUGGAAAAGAGGCGGAAUCGAACCCACAUAUUCAAAGGCUUGCUUUUAAGAUUGCUUAUUACACUCAGAUUUCUGCCGCAUACGAUGCUCUUCACCGAUACGAAGUGCAACGUGACGAGAGCGAGGCGACUUUGGAAUUGGCCGCUCCCUCCAUGUGGAGUGUGGAAGCUGCCGGUUGGACGGCAACCUACGAAAAGAUCACCAAGCGAUUGGUAGACGAUGAUUGUCUCGAGAGCCCCAAAGAACCCCUUCACUUUCAUGCAUUUGCAGCGGCUUGUGUGCCUCCCAAAGAUUGGAUGGAAGCUCUGUAUGAUUUGAAGCGUGGGGGGUACAAGGUCUAUUUGAGUGAUAGCUCCAAGACUCGAAAAGAAAUCUUGAUUAGAAUUUUCAAACCACUGCUUGGUGACGUCUUUUCGUUUAAGGUUGUAAACCAAUUGUUUGACGCGCUUGGGAUUGGGAAGGACCACGAUUAUCUGCUCAAGUGUUUCGGAGAAUGGUUCACUUCUCUUUCCAUUAAAGAUUCUACUACAAAGUCGAUAUUUGCCAAGGAUUCACCGGCGAAUCGAUGGCUAAAGGAACUUGCAGUGCCUCAAAUAACAAAGGCUGCGGAGAAGAAUACCCCGCCAAUGCAAUCGCUUUAUGACUAUUGCAGCAGUUCAGAGGAGUUGGUGCGGGUAUUUUGGCUAGCAACACUUUGCCGAGAAGUUGUAUACCAAGCUUCUAGUGAAAUGGAGGAUGAGACCUAUGGAAAGGUUUCGAAGGAUGCGAGUGUGGGAAGCUGGGAUAGCUUGCUUCGGAGACUUCGAGUAUGUCUAUUUGUGUCUCUCCGCCUGUAUGGCCAACAGCUCGGCGCCUGCCCUAUCUCCAUCAAGGCUGUAGAAAAAGGUGAUAACUUCUCUGUUUUUGAGUGGUUAGCUCGCGAUGAGCUGUCCAUGACACAAAACAACGACGAGAUUCUUUCUCUAGAGAAUGCUUGCCGCAUCAGCAAUCAUUCAUUCGAUCCGUCCAAAAAGGAAGGCGAUGAUCGAUUCAAGGUCCUGCAGAAAUCUUGUUUCUCGAGCGCCUUGAGCGAAGAUGAACGAGCGGAGUAUCUUGUUGAUUUCGACGAUGACGAUAGGUUAGGGGCAAUGUUACUAUUUCUGAAGCCAUUCAAUAUCCCGGAUAUGCUGGUAGCACAUCGUACUCUUCUUUUGGCACACAGAUGGGGCAAAAACCCGGCGGACUUGACCGUUCUCCAUUCCGCACUAAUUGCGUUGAAAUCCAUCGACCCAGUUGAACACAAGAGAAUUGCUUCAUCGUUACGCCUUGACAUCUGGCAGAGUCGGAUCCGUCCCGUGUAUCGCGCACUAUUGAUGGGGUUCGAUGAUGUACAAGAGGUAUCACAAGAGAUCGUUGCACCCUUGUUUCAUGACCCGGAAUGGGUGAAGACAUUCAAUGAAAUUGCUGCCUACGUUUUGGAUCUUUUGGCAGAAAUCAAAUGGCACGAAAGCGAACGGAUUGAUCUCUGGGAUACAGACUAUGAGGAAGAUUCGUCGACCUGGCCUCCCGUUGGGGACUGUGUUGUUCUGAAGAGGCUCGUUAGAAGAAACCGUGCCAUUUUCGAAAGUUCAUUGGAUGCUCACCGUAUGUUGCUCAAGGCUUUGAAGCUUUCGAAGAAUAUUUCUUCACAUUCACAAUGUAUUCCAUCAUUCUAUGACUUGUUUACACCAUCGAUGAUGUUCAACAACGCAGUUUCUCACCCAGAAGAAGAGCAAAAGCAACACUCUUUCUUGCAAGAAGCAAUUGUGACUUACGCGAGAAACUACGAAGGCCAGAGCUUGGAAACACUCAGUCUCGGUGAAGUAGAGAGCUUGGCAGAACUUUGGGAGUUUGACAUGGUGAACGUCAGAACGCUCUUUCUUCUAUCGAUGUACGAAUUUGGGAAAGACAACGUUGUUGACGAAGUCCUGACGAAGAGUGCUUCAUUAGUCAGCGUCCAACAUUUCUGUGACGACGGUGUUGAAAUAAUAUGCCGCCGCUUGGAUUACUUGAUGAGUGAAGAAAGUCCUUUCGAUAUGAGCAACGUCAUGGGAUCCCUGGAUGCCGAUAUGUGUGAUUGGGUUCGUGAAAAGGCCGAAGAGUCGGACCCUUUGGUUGAUGGAGCCAUUUUGGAUGUCCCGGUCGGUAGUACACACUUAUUUGGACUCCGUUUGUUGAGUCUGGCUGCUAGUGCGGAGAUAGCGAAAGAUGAAAGAGUGAAGAUUCACAGUCUGAUCGUCUUGAGCGGUACUAUCGUAAAAUCGCUGGAAGAAGAACCCACUGAGUCUUCUGGAUCGAUAUAG